AAAAUUGUUAAUUUUAAUAAUCAUUUCAGCUGAUGUAACCCUACGGUAGGAUGCCUUUAACGUUCCAAAGGUUUUAAUAGCUACAGUUUACAACACAUGCAUCCCAGCACGCGUUACAUUCCGGGUGAGGAGGGGGAGCCGACCAGGUACCUGCCGCGGUGGGGGGUGUUAUCUGCUGGUAUUCGUUCAGCCGCGGGGGGGUCGGGUAUCUCGGCAACCUGGGGCUUAAGGCGCCCUGAUCCCGCACGGCUCAGGCGGCGAAGCGCUGACUGAGGGAAACCCGGGCUUUGCGGGAGGCCGCUCUGUCCCGCAGCCUCACAACACGCGGGGGACGAGGCGGGAGGCCACACACUGACCCCCCUGAGGGGGCCUGACGGGAGGUCGCCCAAACCCGCCCCUCACCUCCCUCAGCGGGGAGGGGGCUCUGUCGGGCCGCGCCGCCCCUCCGGCCCGCGGGCGCUGCGCAGCCGCCGUGCCCGCCCCGGGGGAGCCGUGACCCCCGGCCGGGGGCGGCGGGCGACAGGGGAGGUCGCCGGGGCGGGCGCUGAGGGAAGGCGGGAGGCGGCACCUCAGGCAAAGCGAAACCAAAAGGGCGGAGGCGGCGGCGGGGAAGAGGCGGGCAGGCGGGACGGGGCUCCCCGCGGCGCGGCUCGCUCCUCCCCUCAGCGCCGAGGCGGAGCGGGGCGGUGGCGAAGGGGUUGAUCGUGCCCCUAUGGCCCUGGCGCGGGGUCAGCGGGCACGGUAGCCGCCUCCGGCUGUCGCCGCGGGUGAGUCAGAGCUGCCCAGGGAGGGCGGGCUGGACAUGAGCCUCGCCGCCGGGCUCCGAGCAGCGGCCGGAGGCUGAGCCACAAAGAAGUUUCCCGGGCGGUCGGCGGCGGCGCGGCGCUCCCCCAUGCACACCCCCGGCCGCCGGCCCUGGGGCGCUGCCCCUCAGGCGCCCGGCGCCGACCGCGCCAUGGAGCCCCGCGCGGGGCUGCACAGCAGCCCGGAGCUCACCCGGUCCAAGCGGCUGAGCGUCGGGGAGCUCCGCUCCCUCUUCGAGGCUCGCUGCGCCGCUGUCGCCGCCGCCGCCGCCCGGCAGCUGCCUGACCCGGCGAAGAGGGGCUGCCGGCCCCCUAACGGGGUGCUGCCGCCCGUCAUCCCCCGGCUCACCGUCACCGCCGAGGAGAGCGAGGAGUCGCAGGGCAGCCCCCAGGCGCAGACGCCGCGCACGGAGGGCGGCUGGCUGAGGACGGACAGCUCGCUGCACCUGCAGUCCCGACGGCUUUCCACCUCCUCGCUCUCCUCCACCGGCUCCUCGUCCCUCUUGGAGGACUCUGAGGACGACAUACUGAGCGACACAGAGGGCAGGAGCCAGGGCAUCGUGCACCUGGAGCACGGCGAGGACAGCAACCAGAAAAAAGCAUGGCAUACAAUUAAAACCAUGGUUAACUUACCAGUCAUCAGCCCUUUCAAGAAACGCUACUCGUGGGUGCAGCUGGCUGGGCAUACAGGGAGUUUCAAGGCAGCUGAUAGUGGGAAGAUACUCAAACGCUUCUCAGAGAACGAAAAGGAGUGUUUCGAGCGACUGAUGAAAGACCCGCUACGCGCCUGCGUCCCUUGCUUCCAUGGUGUGGUGGAGAGAGAUGGAGAGAGCUACAUUCAGCUGGAUGACUUGCUUACUGAUUUUGAAGGGCCUUCUGUGAUGGACUGCAAGAUGGGGAUCAGGACAUACCUGGAGGAAGAGCUGACUAAGGCCCGUGAGAAACCAAAGCUGCGUAAGGACAUGUACAAGAAAAUGAUUGAAGUGGAUCCUCUUGCUCCCACAGCUGAAGAGAACGCUCAGCAUGCUGUCACCAAACCCCGAUACAUGCAGUGGAGGGAAACCAUCAGCUCUAGUGCCAACCUGGGCUUCAGGAUUGAAGGGAUUAAGAAGGCAGAUGGAACAUGUAACACAAACUUCAAAACUACGAAGACACAGGAGCAAGUUCUCCAGGUUUUUGUGGAAUUCAUUGAGGGCAACACAACUAUUCUGAACAAAUACCUCAAGCGUCUGCAGGAAAUUCAUAUCAUUCUUGAAUCCUCAGACUUCUUCAAGCGACAUGAGGUCGUUGGAAGUUCACUACUUUUUGUACAUGAUGGCAGUGGGAAUGCCAACGUGUGGCUGAUCGAUUUUGGAAAGACCACCCUUCUCCCUGAUGGGCAGACACUGGAUCACAGGAUCCCCUGGGAAGAAGGCAACAGGGAGGAUGGGUACUUGUUGGGGUUGGACAAUUUGAUUGGCAUCUUGGAAAGCAUCACCAAGAGAUGAGUUGAGAAUGACACAAAACUUGCAGGGCUUCUCUGUAACUUUCUGCUCUACUGGAUCACUCAGUCUGAAGGAAACCUUUAACUCCCUCCAAACUCCUGAGGUCAUCAGUGCAGAGGGAGCUGCAUCCAGAACCCAGCAGUUGGUGACCAAAAUGACUUUGCAUCUGCCCUCUACGAACCUGAAUAACUCCAGAUUGGUUUGUAUUGCACCAGCCUAAGUUCAGACUGGUCCUCAGAGAAUGAAGAUCUCCAUACUCAGGAAUCACACCAGCAUGAGUCAAGAGGUCUGUAUGGUAAACCAGAAUGGUUCUGGUUUCUGGCAAACAGAUGGGACUCCAGAUUACCUCUUAGUGAACCAGAGCAAGUGCUUGGAGAUUCAGGGUAGGAAUAACAAUUUUUCAGGGAACUGCAUAGUUUGGAAAGCAGCAAGAGUUGGGGUUGUUCUUUUCCUCUUAAUUCCAAGUCUUCUUCCUCCUGUGUACACUGUAGGUUGGACCAACAACUUCUGCUGCGUUGUGUUACAGUGUGCACAAGGUGGGAAUGGGUGAUAAUCACAAGAAACCUGGAGCAAAGGGAGACAGCAGUUUGUAGUGGCUGCAUGUGACUGCUGUGACCAUUCCUCCCGUACCCUAGCCUUUAUUCACUUCUAUCUGGGAACAGCCUUUGCUUUCUAUGUAGCCUCUCACGAGAUUACAGAUACCCUAGGGAGAGAACAGCAGCCUAUUGUCUCCACAUAUAUUUGACUUUCAGGCUGGGUGAGCUGUUGGAAAAGUUCCUUGCUUGGCAGAUUUGGCCUCUUGCAGCUGAACUGCAGCUCUGAAAAUCAGUGACGACUCUCACACACAGCCCAGGGAUCUAAGGGCUUUUUUCCAAGGCUUGUUUAUUUUUAAAGAUAAAACCCCUAUACACAUGCACAUACAAGCAUGCACUAGUAGCCAGCAACCAGUGUGGUCUUUUAAGAUCACAGUUUGACUGUCUCUUAAUGCAUGUGACUUCUUAGCCAUAUUCUUGUUCCCACAUAUGAUGCUGCCACUUAAUUGUAUAGACUGGCACACUGAUCAGGAAGGUUGUGUUUCUGCAUUCACAGUGUUUGUUACACUAAUGACGAGAUAAUUCCCAGGCCUCCUUCCUCCAAGGUAUCAGCUGUUAACUCAGGGCAGUUUGGGGGAAGGAAUGUCAAUAUAUCACAUCCCCUAGUCCCCAUCUGGAAUUGCAGAUCCAUCUAUGGUUCAUUCUUCCUUUACUGUGGCCUGGGCACAACCACAGAAGAUUCACAGCAUGUAGGUUAAAGUCAAGAAAGAGUGAAGAAGUGAUGUUUUUUUUGUUUUUGUAAUGGCUUCACAUACCUGCUCUGUUGGUUGCCUCUAGUCACUUGAACAGUUCUUUAAAUACUAGCAGUAGAAAUACUAUCAGUAGUCACAUGUUCACUUGCAUUCCAGGUUUUAACAUUAAUAACAUGAUGGUGCAGUUUUCAAAAUGAGGACACGACUUGUAUUACUACUACUUGAUUGCUAACCCCCUUUCAACAUCUAAAGCUGGUAAUGCACGCUGAGCAGAAAUUGCUGUCUUUUGCUGGUGUCCUGUGCUCAGGCGAGAUUCUGAGAACUUCAGGAUAUAUGAAAGUGAUUCCAUGCUUUGGGAAAUGGCUAUUUCAAUAGUAAUUGUGAUCAUGAGUUAAAAAAAAGACUGUAGAGUCCAGAUCUGGAAUGAAAUCUAUAUCUACAGCAUUUGUAAUUAGAAUUUAAGAGCCUAAAAUAACUUCUAGAGGGAGUUACUGUAGAUAGAUAACACACUACUGUACUAAAAGACAUCAGUCAGACUUAAUGACUUUUUCAUAACCUCUAAACAAAACAGCAGUAUUAAAAAUUCAAGCUCAGUUGUGAUUUGAAAGUUAAAUGCCAUAGAGUGGGUAUGCUGUAGGAAGUAACGACACAUGGAAACAUUUCAUUCUAAGCCAGAAGUUGUUUGAAACUGGUAAUCAUUGCAGUUCAUUGCAUCACAGCAAAUUCAGACCUCUCUGGCCUCCCAGAGUCCCUCUCAGUUUUAUUUUCAUGACAGUAUGUUAAUGAACUUUCCACUCAGACAUUUCAGAGGAUUUACACAUUUUUUUUAUGUGACAGAGAGCACAGAUAUUGUCAUUCCAGAUGCCUCCUAAUUUUUGACCUGCUAUAAGAUGACAAACUAAGCUGUGGUGAAUUUCAUACAAUUGAAGUCUUCCUCCUUUCCUGCAGCCGACAGGUACCCAUCUGUUAGCAGUGCUUAAAGAGCAGGAAGUAACUAGGCCUCCCAGGGGAGGACUUUAGUACCAAUGCCUUUUGUAUGAGACUGCAAUUGCAGCAGUCCUACCAUAAUGGAAAUAAGAAAUUAGAAGAGUUAGAAAUGAGCCUGUUGAGGUGAUAGCAGUCAGUAGUGGUUUGCCUAAUUAAUCUUCAGAGUUAGAUUUCUUUCUUCUGUUACCACAUAAGUGACUCUUUUGCACCAGUGUAACUUCUUUUCUAGAGGGGAGAUUUAAAGGGUAAAAAUUGAUGCUCAAAAGUCAGUUGAGAAUUUGAGAGAAACUUUUAGAAUGACUGUCCAGUUCUAAAGGAGAACUAUAGGAGCAGUGUGGUACCAGUAGCUUCAAAAAACCCAACUGCUGGUAGCACCUGAUGGUUUGCGGUGUGCAAUCUUGGGAAACGUGGAGAAAGAAUGAUCUGUUUCUCUGCAGUAGUUGAAAAGGUCAGGGGAAAAAAAGGAAAACAUCUGCUGUAGCAGACCCUGGUCUGGAAAUAGUUCUAGCAAGUUAGUUUAGAAACAGCCCUUUGGCUUGCUAAGGGAUUAGAAGGGAAGAAGCCCUAAUCUGCUGCUGCUGUUACGGGAAAGGAGAAAAGGAGGCAGCUUUUCAUUAUCAAACUGCACGUGUUGGACUGCAGCUGAGCACUGGAGCUCUAAGGGGCUGGAGGCUGUGAGUUCACAAGCAAACUACCACUGGGUGAGUUGGGUACCUUGAUUUACAUCGGAUGGCCCCAAGUGCCUGUCUGUGUACACUCACUUGCUGGUGUGAGGAAGCAGCAUAGCCUCCUUCCACUAUGGAGUACAUUGCCUUUGAAUAAGCUUAUAUUUACCAGAGGGUCAGUAUGAUGCCUUUGCACAGCCAUGUAACACAGAAGAGGUGAUACAUGAUAAAAAAGGUAUUUGUUCACAUACAAGUCCAGCAUGAAGUUCUUUGAUGCCUCCACUGAGAUUCUGCCCCACUCUGGGGACACUGAGAGCAUGUGUGUUUCCACAGCACAGUAAGAUAUGCUGGCCCAGAGCACCUUGGUGCUGCACAGCUAACUUCUGACACCAAGGUCUUGAAACUCACUAGUUAGAUGCAGCAAUGCUUACUGCUGUAGCUGCUGCAUUCCUAAGCGAAUCCAGCAGUAGGACUUUUCUCCCUCAACUUUGUCAAUGAGUUGGGUUUUUGGCCUUGGACAAUUAUCCUAGGCCUCAGUUUUGUUCCCAUUUUACAGAUGGGAAUAGUACCUACUUACCUCACAGGACUGGUGUGAGGCUGUCCAUUACUGCAAGAUGCUGUGAGAUUCUUUUGGAUGAAGGUGCAAUAUAGAAAGAAAUGCACAAAGAGAUACAUCAGCUAUGUUUAAAAAGGAUGGGUGUUGGGGCUCCACAAGGGUAUAAAUUUGGAUGAAAUUUAACCAAAGUGGUAAAAAUUAAAUUACAUCCCUCUUAAUUUUACACAGGGGGAGAAAUUCACUUAACAUCUGAUCCAGUUCCUGCUACAGGGAAAGGUUUCAAUGAGAGUUGGACCAAACCCUUAAGUAUCUUGGAGGGCUCUUGCUAUUUUUUUUUAUUGCUGUUGUUAUUAUUUGUUGUUUUUAAGGUACUGAGAUCAAAUGGCCUGUAUCAUCCACAUGCAUCCGUUCUGAACACUACAAUGCAAUGCUGACCGUGGUCACUUUUGACAUUGACUGUAUUGGUUGAGUUUUUGUUACUCUGAAGUGUGUAUACUACUAAAUAAAGGAGACUGAAGGAAAAAAGACA